AUGAGCAACCUAGUCGUUGCACAGGAGUACACUGUCGAUGGGAAGCCCGUUAUGGGAAGUAAUGAUUCGCUUUUGGCUACCGCAAUGACACCUUUGGAAACGUCCCCGUCAAAAAUGUCCGAUUUCUAUAUCGGACUUGCACUAGCCGUUUCAUCUUCGCUCUUCAUCGGCAGUUCUUUUAUCAUCAAGAAGAAGGCUCUCAUAAAGCUUGCAAGUGGCGAUAUAGCCCAACGAGCAAGCGAGGGCGGAUACGGGUAUCUACGCGAAUGGAUGUGGUGGAUGGGAGUAAUAACAAUGGGAGUGGGAGAAGCGUGCAAUUUCGCCGCGUAUGCAUUUGCCCCUGCAAGUCUGGUAACUCCACUUGGAGCACUGUCUGUUUUAGUAACUGCUGUUCUGUCAUCACGCCUUUUGAAAGAAAGACUCAAUCUCCUUGGUAAAAUCGGAUGCGCAGUAUGUCUGCUCGGCUCAACUGUCAUAGUGAUCCAUUCUCCCAAAGAGGAGGAAGUGGCUACGAUGGCAGAUUUAGCACUGAAGAUGAAGGAUGCAGUGUUCAUAUUAUACGUUGUUAGUGUCAUAUUGGUCACCCUGUUCAUUACAAUCUAUGUAGCACCUCGUUAUGGCAGAUCCAAUAUAAUUGUCUAUAUCAGCGUUUGCUCGUUAAUCGGGUCGCUUUCUGUGCUUUCAGUCAAGGGUCUUGGCUUGGCAAUCAAAGAAACUAUAUCGGGCAAUCAACAACUUACAAAUCUACUCACUUACUUUUGGCUUGUAUCGGUGACCGCUUGCGUUUCAGUACAAUUGGUGUAUCUAAAUAAAGCUCUCGAUAUGUUCAAUACAUCCAUGGUUACGCCGAUCUACUAUGUAUUCUUCACAACAUUUGUUAUACUAGCUUCUUCAAUUUUGUAUAAGGAAUGGUCUUGUCUUGGUGCUUCAGAUAUCCUAGGUAACGUGAUAGGUUUCUUGACGACCAUCAUCGGGAUAUUCCAGAUGCAGUUGUUCCGUGAUGUAAACAUCAGUUUACGUCAAGUGCGGGUACUACUUCAUCGGCCAUCUGCAUCGCUUGCCAGCCUUGAUCUCUCGUCAAACUCAGCCACAAACCUCGUCGAUGAUUUCACCAUUUCAACACCCAAUGGCGACAUGUACAAUUAG